UCGAGCGAGCAAUGGCGACGCCGGAAGCCGUCGUAGCUUUCAUGCGAAUCACCGGUGCACCAGAGUUCGUCGCCGUCCAGAAACUAGAGGAAUAUGGAGGCAAUCUAAAUGAAGCGGUUAACGCUCAUUUUCUUGAAGCGGAUAGGCACAUAUUAUCGGGUCAAGGACAAGAUCUUUCUGCUGCCCCACACUAUAAUUACUCUGGUGCUAGUAAUCAAAACAAUGUUGGAUCACGUGGAAUUGUGCCCUUUCUCAAUGCUGCUAGGAGCUUUAGACCUUCACUACUUCUUGACCCAAAUUAUAGGAGAGAACUUAGAGAUCUAUAUAAUGGGAUUGGUGCUACUGCAUUUACAAGUCAUGCAUCGCCAUAUACUUCCCAUCCAGGGGAGGCGAGGGGAGUUACUGCAGGAAUCAGUAGGGCAUUUGAGCCACGUCAUCAAUCAGGAUUGAGCUCUACAGAUGCAUAUGUGACUGGAAAUGUAUCAUCUCGUGGUCAAGGAAUUCAUGGGACAGAUGAUGAUCAGAAUGCAUACACUUCAACUCAGUCAAACACCUCAGAUGUUCCUGAUAAUGAAAUAGAGGAAGCAAUGAUUCAAGCAGCAAUAGAGGCCUCAAAAACACAGAGGAGAGAAGGUUCUUCGUGGGAGCAAUUGGAUGCUUUUAAUGAUUCAUCUGAUGGUGGUCUUCGUCAAAGUCAUUUUCAACAAGAAGAUGAUGAUUUGGCUCAUGCAAUUUCAUUGUCCUUAGAGACAGCAGAGAAAGAGAAAGCAUUACACGAACUUCUAGCAAUAGAAGAAAAGGAAGGGCUUGGAGUUCAUGAUUCACUAGCUAAGGGAAAGAAAACCAACAGUAGUAGCUUAGAGUUAGGAACAUCAUCUAAUCAAAAUGUAGCUCAAGAUGUGGCACAACCAGUCGUUGGUCAUUUAUUGAAUCACAGUGCUGGUGGUCAUAGUCAAGGGAAUGAAGACGUGUCUCUUGCUGAAAAGUGGGGUGGUAUUUCUUACGAGGAGCUUAAUGAAGCAUUGUUAGCUGAAAAUGCUUUUUUUGGUGAAAUUUCCAAUCACAGUUCUCACAAAUUUUCAUCCUUGUCUGAUGUGCAACAUCAUCCAGAAAAAUAUGUGGAUCCCAAGGUGCAGUCUUUGUCCUGUUCUACUUCACAAUUAUUAACUGAAACUCGGUUGCUGAAACAACAACAGGAUGCUGACUAUCUAGCAUCGCUACGAGCUGAUAAGAAAAAAGAAUUAAAUUCUUGCAAUAAAGCUGAAACUCAAUCCUCAAAGGAAGAAGAGUCACACGAAAAGAUGCUAGAGAAAAAGGAAUUGGAUAAGAUGCUUGACAAGAAAGAAGUUAGGCUUUCCAAAGAACCACUAUUAGAUGAUGAAAAUGCAAUUACAAUAGUUGUUCGAAUGCCAGAUGGUGGUCGCUGUGAACGCCGUUUUCUCAAAACGGACAAACUUCAGCUUCUUUUUGAUUUCAUAAACAUUCAUGGAGCACUGAAGCCUGGGACCUAUAGAGUUGUAAAGUCAUACCCACGACGUGCCUUUAGCGUGAAUGAUAGCUCAUCAACCUUGAAUGAAAUAGGCCUAAGUAACAAGAAUGAGGCUUUGUUUCUGGAGUUGAUUUAGUUUCAGCUAUUUUCCUGUAAGUAUCCUGGUC